UGUUUUGAAUUGGCGUAUGGGACAAAUAACGGAAUUUUGCCUCGAAAUGAUAUUAUGGAGCAAUCUUCCUCUCAACAAAUGGACAUUUCCUUUACUUCAAUGGAUACUUCCACCAAUAAUGACAAAAAACCUGAUCGGAUGGAACAACUUUUGAAGGAAAUUGAGAAUGAAGUUGGACAAAAUGAUGAACAAAAGCUGGACAAGAAAAAAGGUUUCUUUUGUUAAUUUUAUUUUUAAGAAUCAGGUAUGGGGGUAGAUAUCUCUUUAGUCAAUUGUGGGAAGUAAGUAAGUCCAUUUUUCUAACAAUAAGCUUG